AUGGCCGGGCGGAGUUUAGUGCUACUCAUUGCUUACUUUGGAAUAUUGUGUCAGAUAUUGGCUUUCUCCGGUGCUCAUGAUCAGGUGGACCAGGCCUGCUCCAACGAUGAUGUGCCCGUGUGUGCCCAAAGUACUGCCAACGGAAUGUACUUUCUUUUUAGAAACGACUGUGAUUUGAGGAAGGCCCAGCGCAACAACCUAAUGGGUGCACCGAUUUAUGAAGUAUCUCUUCAGAACUGUUUCCCCAACUGCGAAUUCGAGUGCAGCACCCGGCAGAGACCAGUUUGUGGAGUUAGCUCGCAAACCGGACACCGCAGGACCUUCAGGAGCCGCUGCGAAAUGAAACGUACAUCGUGUUUGUCUGGCUCUGAGUGGUUGGUCCAACAAUGGGGAGUGUGCCCCAAAGAAAAUACCUUACCACACAACAACCAGAAGCCGCUGCAACCCGUGCGUUGCACCAAAAUCUAUCGUCCUGUCUGCGCCAUGUACGCCGGAGUGAAGUCCACCUUCUCUAAUGAGUGCUUAGUAAAUGCUGAGAAUGUUAAGACCCAGAGAAAUUGGCGCAUCGUUUCCCAAGGUCUUUGUGGAGAAGACAGCAUCAAAAUGAAACAGAGCCCGAAACACAAGCCCCAAACAAAGCCAAAAGUAGACGCUGAUCGCACAAAGCGAAGCAACAAGUACCGAAACAAUCGGGUUAGACAGACUGAUGAUUUCCAGAUACCUGAAGAUGCUGUCCAGAUCUAUGCCCCAUCCACGUUCCACACACAAUUCAUCAGCCAGACAGGAGCUAUGGAAAAGAGCUACUCCUUACCAGCACGAAAGCCCUACAUGGUUGAGCCUCAAAAACCAAAGGUUCGAAAGGUUUACGGCAGUAGAAACCCAAAAAACUCGGCGAAAUCAUGUGUGUUUGGAAAUGAUCCCAUUUGUGGGACUUUUCGGAGCCAGAGGCGUACUUUCUCUAGUGUUUGCGACCUGAUGGAGUACAGCCAGAAAUUUGGAAAUGCAUGGACCAUUUCGCAUGAUGGAGCUUGCCUUCAAUGUGACAAACCUUGCCCCACUGUCAUUCAACCAAUUUGUGCCACACGAAACGGCGUCAACCACACAAUCAUUAAUGAAUGCUACUUGGAGCGAGUCCGUUGCAAAGAUCCAGCAAGUAUCUGGAAGCUUAUUCAUAAAGGUGAGUGCCCAAUGCCACUUGGCAGUAAGCCACAGGGAAUACCCACCAAGAAAAGUCGAUCCUUGUCAGUGGUGCCCCGCGUGUUAUAUGGAAAAAGCAUAAUGCAGAAAUCUACUACUGAAAAAAAUAACAUCAAGAAAGUGUUAACCACUAAAAAACCGACUACGACCUAUAAGCCACACCAUCACCUGAAGAGUCCCAUGAAAACCACUUUCCCUUCCUUAGAACCAAAUAACCGAAAGAUACGCAAAAUAGAGCUCUCAGGAUUUACGAGAUCCAAGCUUUCAAAUUAUGUGAAAUCCGAUGAGGAUGGGUCCUGGUCCUCCAACGACAAUUGGCUGAUUGGAAAAACACUCGAUAAUGUCAAUGGUUUCUUUAACAGAAAACCAGUUAGCUUCAAAAAGACUUUUGCCGAAAAGAAACCUCAGAGCUAUAAUUAUUUUAUAAACAUGGUUAGAACUCCUUUAAUCACCAGCACCACAACAACUAUGGCACCCCCACCACCACAGGUGCCAGUCUACCUGAGAUUUGCCACUCCUGUGCUACCCCACCUGGAUAUCGAAAGCAAGCCGACCGUUUUCGGGGAUGAUGAUGCCCAGCUUCUACAGAUGCUGACCACCACAUUAACCACCACCACCACUACCACCUCCACCACACCCGUUCCCAGCACCACUCCACCGCCAAGCACCACUGAACUGGCGACUAGUGUUGCAACAACGGAAGCCACUACUCACCUGGAGGAUACUUCCUCUGAUGCAAUGGAAACGACUAGCGAAGACUCCUUGGACUUUACUGAUUCGGAAACCACGGAGAAAGUAUUAGACAUCAGCACCACAGAUGCACCACCUCAGGCCACCACAGAACCUGAGGAGCUGUACAGUCAAACCACAGAGGCUACGGAGACGCCGACCACAACCGCGGCCACCGAGCUGUCGAGUUCCACGCAGAACUCGGACUACACGGCGGAUGAGUUAUCUGCCGAGUCCACUGGCCAGACUUCGAUUUACGGACUGGACAAGAACUCGUUGAUAAUGCGACUGCUGCGGGCCAGAAGCAGUCAAAAUGUUCUUAUUUAA